AAGAUGGUGAUGAUGGCUUCGCCAAAUUUAGCCUCCAAGUGCUCGACAGCAAUGGCGAAGCCUUCCCUGCCCCUGAAGCUGCUUCUCUGGGCGUUUAUUGUCGUUAAUCUCCCGACAAGCUCCUUCCAGACUGAUGACGAUGAUGAGGUGUCCAACAAGACGUGGGUGCUGACUCCCAAAGUGUACGAGAGUGACGUCACGCACAUCCUGAACAGCCUUCUCGAUGGAUACGACAACAAACUCAGACCUGACAUCGGAGUCAAACCGACAGUGAUCCACACAGACAUGUUUGUCAACAGCAUCGGCCCAGUAAAUGCCAUCAAUAUGGAAUACACAAUCGACAUCUUUUUCGCUCAGACCUGGUACGACAGGAGGUUAAAAUUCAACAGCACGAUGAAGGUGCUGCGCCUCAACAGCAACAUGGUCGGGAAGAUCUGGAUCCCGGACACUUUUUUCCGCAACUCCAAGAAGGCCGACGCCCACUGGAUCACCACGCCCAACCGUAUGCUUCGGAUCUGGAACGAUGGUCGGAUACUCUACACCCUCAGGUUGACCAUCGAUGCCGAGUGCCAGCUUAAACUGAACAACUUCCCAAUGGAUGAGCACUCAUGUCCCCUGGAGUUUUCAAGCUAUGGCUACCCCAGGGAGGAGAUUGUGUACAAGUGGAAGAGGAGCUCAGUUGAGGUUGGGGACAUCCGCUCCUGGAGGCUCUACCAGUUCUCCUUCGUGGGCCUGAGAAACACCUCUGAGAUCGUCAGGACCGUCUCAGGAGACUAUGUGGUGCUGACCGUCUUCUUUGACCUGAGCAGGAGAAUGGGCUACUUCACCAUUCAGACCUACAUCCCGUGCACCCUGAUUGUCGUCCUCUCCUGGGUCUCAUUCUGGAUCAACAAGGAUGCGGUACCUGCCAGGACAUCACUGGGCAUCACCACUGUGCUGACCAUGACCACGCUGAGUACCAUAGCCAGGAAAUCCCUUCCAAAAGUUUCCUAUGUGACUGCCAUGGACCUGUUUGUGUCCGUCUGCUUCAUCUUCGUCUUCGCCGCGCUUAUAGAGUACGGCACACUGCACUAUUUUGUCAGCAACAGGAAGCCGAGUGCCAAAAAGGACAAGAAGAAGAAAAACCCGCUCCUCCGGCUCUUUUCCUCAAAGCAGACACCCACGGUAGACAUCCGUCCACGCUCGGCCACUGCCAUUCAGAUGAACAACGCCACGCACAUGCAGGAGCGAGACGAGGAGUACGGCUACGAGUGUCUGGACGGGAAGGACUGCACCAGCUUCUUCUGCUGUUUCGAAGACUGCCGCUCCGGAGCCUGGCGGCACGGCAGGUUGCACAUCCGCAUCGCCAAGAUAGACUCGUAUGCACGCAUCUUCUUCCCCACUGCAUUUGGUCUCUUCAACCUGGUCUACUGGGUCUCCUAUCUCUAUCUCUAG